ACGGCAUGCCUUCUGAUUCGUAGGCCCGACAGCAUCGCUCAAGGUAUAAGUAUCUUAUACACGCCCUCGUUCUAAUAGUCAUCCAGCUCACCAGCAACACAUUCAUUCAUUCAACCAACCAACUACCAAUCCCCCCCAAAAACCAAACAUGCGUUUCGUUCCCGACCUUAGCCUCUCGGCUGCUGCCGUCGCCCUUCUGGCUUCCACUGCUUCGGCCCAGAGCUGCAAGCUUCCCACCUCUUACAAGUGGACCUCCUCCGGCGCUCUUGCCCAGCCCAAGUCCGGAUGGGCCAACUUGAAGGAUUUCACCAUCUCCAGCAUCAACGGCAAGCACAUUGUCUAUGCUACCAACCACGACACUGGAUCCAAGUACGGAUCCAUGGCUUUCAGCCCCUUCGGUAGCUUCAACGAGAUGGCCUCUGCCUCCCAGGUUGCCACCUCCUUCACUGCUGUUGCCCCUACCCUCUUCCGCUUCGCUCCCAAGAACAUCUGGGUCAUGGCCUACCAGUGGGGACCUACCACCUUCUCCUACAGGACCUCCAGCGACCCCACCAACCCCAACAGCUGGGGUGCCGUCCAGACUCUCUUCUCCGGCAAGAUCACCGGCAGCAGCACUGGCGCUAUUGACCAGACUGUCAUUGGUGACGCCAACAACAUGUACCUCUUCUUUGCCGGUGACAACGGCAAGAUCUACCGUUCCAGCAUGCCCAAGGGCAACUUCCCUGGCAGCUUCGGCACUGCUUCCACCGUCAUCAUGAGCGACACCACCAACAACCUCUUCGAGGCUGUUCAGGUCUACACUGUCAAGGGCGGCGGUUACCUCAUGAUCGUUGAGGCUAUGGGUUCUGGCGGCCGUUACUUCCGCUCUUUCACUGCCUCCAGCCUCAACGGCAGCUGGACCCCCAACGCCGCCACUGAGAGCAACCCCUUCGCCGGCAAGGCCAACAGCGGUGCCACCUGGACCAACGAUAUCUCCCACGGUGACCUUGUCAAGGUCACCAACGACGAGACCAUGACCGUCGACCCUUGCAACCUGCAGCUGUUGUACCAGGGCCGUGCCCCCAACUCUGGCGGCGACUACGACCGCCUCCCCUACAGGCCCGGUCUCCUUACCCUCAAGAAGUAGAGCGCCCUUUGCUCGACUCCUGGCGAGGUACCUUCAUUGUAAAUGAAUUUUUGUGUGGGAGAUUGUAUAUAGCUCAGUUUGUGGUGAAAUUCGUAUAUAUAUUAUUUUGGGCCACUAGGUUUGGCUCUUUGGCAUUGCGUGAGGCAUCAAUUGAUUCUUCAAUUUAUCUUCAAACCCCCCAUUUCC